GCGUUCCCUGUAUUUGUAACGGAUUAAAACCAAACGUUAGCCAGCGGCUCGCUGCUCAGGAUGGACUGGGGGAGGCUCCGGGGGGCGGGAAUGGCCGCGGGUGGGGAUCGACCUCUCCCGCCCCGGCUCCGGGCGGGAGGGCCGGGGGCUCUGCUAUCGAUUGAGGCCGUCUGGACGGGGCGGCGGCAGCGCUACCGUUUCUGCCGUUGGCGCAGGGCUGCCGCCUAGCUGCCGCCAUCAUGUGGAGAGCUGUCGCUGUCGCGUCGACCCCGGUGCGGGCCUUGUUCCGCGCCCCUCGGCGACCGGCCGUAAGCAUGGCCGUGUCCCCCGCCGCCGCGCUGGCGGACGAGCGGGUGGAGACACGGGUUGCGGGGCUGGGCCCGGGGCAGCCGGUGACCCUGCGGGCUGUGGCAGCGGAUGAGCGCGGAUGCCUCUUCCAGUCGUGCGCGCACUAUCGGGCGGACGGCCGCGGCGAGCUGCACCUGGGCACGGACGCUUCGCAGGGCGGGGACUACACCGGCGUGGAGCCCAUGGGGCUCUUCUGGAGCCUCUCCCCCGCCGGCAUGGAGAGGCCUUACCAGCGGCUCGUUCCCCGCAGCACCGGCACCCCGAUGAAGGUGGAGAUGCUGGUGCACCAGGGCCAUAGCCAGCCCGGCGCCUUCCCCGGGCCCGUGGUGGCCAAGGCCGAGGUGGAGAGGUGGUUUACGGCCCCCGGCGUGCGGAGGAUCCGGCUGAAGGAGGGAAGAGUAAGGGGUUCUCUCUUCCUGCCGCCGGGGGAUGGCCCCUUUCCAGGAGUGAUCGACAUGUAUGGGGAUGAAGGAGGUUUGGUUGAAUUUAGAUCCAGUCUCCUGGCUACCCGUGGCUUUGCUGCUCUUUCUCUGCCGUAUUUUGACUUUGAAGAUCUGCCUAAGGUCAUGAAAGAAUUCCAGCUUGAGUACUUUGAGGAGGCAGCUAGAUUCCUACAGCGUCACCCCAAGGUGAAGGGACCAGGAGUUGGAGUGAUUGGGACUGGGAAAGGGGCAGAAUUAGCACUCUCCAUGAUCACCUUCCUGCCUGAAGUAGUGGCUGCUGUCUGUAUCUCCGGCUGUAGUUCAAACACAGUUGCAGACCUCCAUUAUGGUGAGAUGACUCUGCCUGGGCUGCGUUUCGAUAUGAAAAAGGUCAGUGUUUCUGACAAUGGUGUAUUUGACAUUUUUGAAGCUCUGGAUGACCCAACAAAUCCUGCCAAUUCUCCUUGCACGAUCCCCAUUGAAAAAGCAGAAGGUCACUUUCUCUUGGUGGUAGGGGAAGAUGAUCGUAUGUGGAAGAGCUCCUUAUAUGCUGAGCUGGCAAUUGGGCGUCUACGCCAGCAUGGAAAAGAAAACUUUAAACUCCUGAGUUAUCCAGGAGCUGGUCACCGAAUUGAUCCUCCCUCUACUCCAUUUUGUCAGGUAGCUAUGGAUCGUGUCCUGGGCGUGCCUGUUCUGGGGGGUGGAGAGAGCAAAGCACAUGCCCAUGCACAGGAACACUCCUGGGGAAAGAUUCAGGAGUUUUUGCGCUUGCAUUUGGGAUGAACACUUAACCACCUGCAAACUGUGGCAGAACUGCAGAGGACUGAGCUUGAGCCAACAAAAUGACUGGUGAAUUGGAGGGACUGACUGAGAAAAGCUUUGAAAUGUGAAACAACCAAAUGACUACUUAGCUACAAGCAUAAAUCCAAAAAGAAAGGGAUUUCUUUGGGCUAGUUUAAGUUAUUUUAACUGGGUACACAGAGAUAAAGUGAAACAAUGAUAAAUUGCACUGUAGUACAAAUUUGACAGCCUGAAUUGGUCAUGAUGUCAAGAAACAA